AUGUCAAUUAUUUUAAGUACUUUGCCCGGUGGGCCAGCGCAGUCUUUGCUGUUUGAGCACGAAUUUACCGACCGAAGGUCCGUGGUUCGAACCCGACCUCUGCAUCUCGACUUCGCGUCUAGGCUUGGGCAACUUGGCAGUACCCCAGCCUCCGUGCCUCCUUUUAGCAAUCGGGUACCGAAAUUGUGCUAUUUUCGUUCAGCUGUAACAUCCUUCUGGUACCUGGCUGCCAUGCCACCCGAAGGAAGCGCGAGUGCUGGGAUAGUGCCAGGUCGCCCAAGCCUAGACAGGGGAAGUAGAGGGGCAGAGGUCGGACGCGGUCAGUAA